AUGCAAGAGAGUAGUAGAAUGGAAGGUACAGUUAAACCAAAGCAAAUUGAAAGUGUAGAAUCAAUCCUUGAAAAGUAUAUCCCAGAGGAUGAGUUAAAGGAAGUAAAGAGAAUCUUGUUUGGUCAAAACAGAGGUACAUCUGUAUCAGUUCAACCAGUCAAUCAAGAAGCUACCGAUAUUGCUAAUGCAAAUAACUUUCAAGUACUCUUUUCAAAAAUAUUAGCUGAAAAGGAACAAUUGAGACAACCAAGAAUUGUUCGUAUUGGUAUCAUUCAAAAUAGUAUUGGUGCACCAACCAACGCACCCAUUCACGAUCAAUACAUGGCUAUUCAAAACAAGAUUGAAAAGAUGAUCGAUGCUGCUGGUGCUAUGGGUGUCAACGUACUCUGUCUUCAAGAGACUUGGCACAUGCCAUUUGCUUUCUGUACCAGAGAAAGAUAUCCAUGGGUUGAAUUUGCUCAACCGGUAACUGGUGAGGCUACCCAAUUCAUUCAAAGAAUGGCACGUAAAUAUAAUAUGGUGAUUGUAUCACCAAUGCUUGAAAGAGAUGAAGUUCACGGCUCGACCAUUCACAACACUGCCGUGGUCGUUGGCAACAAUGGUAAUAUUAUCGGAAAGAGUAGAAAGAACCAUAUCCCCAGAACCGGUGAUUUCAACGAAUCGACCUAUUACAUGGAGAGUACACUUGGACACCCAGUAUUCGAGACUGUGUUUGGCAAGAUUGGUAUUAACAUUUGCUACGGUCGUCACCAUAACCUCAACUGGUUGGCCUAUGGUCUCAACGGCUCAGAGAUUGUUUUUAACCCAUCGGCCACUGUAACAGGUCUCUCUGAACCAAUGUGGGGUGUCGAAGCUAGAAACGCUGCCAUGACCAACAACUACUUUGUCGGCUCGAUCAACCGUGUCGGCACUGAACACUUCCCCAACGAAUUCACCUCUGGUGACGGCAAGCCUGCCCACAAGGACUUUGGCCACUUUUACGGUAGCUCUUACUUUAGCUCGCCCGACAAUUGUCGUUCACCAGGUCUCAGCAGAGUCCAGGACGGCUUAAACAUUGCAGAGGUCGACCUCAACCUCUGUCAACAGGUAAAGGACAAAUGGAACUUCCAAAUGACCGCCCGUUAUGAAAUGUACGCCAAGUUCUUGACUGAUUACAUCGAUCCAAACUAUCAACCACAAAUCGUUCGUGAUCCAUCCAUUAAAAAGAAUUAA